CAUCAUAUCCAUCAAACACACACUUAUCAUUAUCUAAUUCAACAACUCAAACAUCUCCAUCUCUCUCUCUCUCUCUCUCUCUCUCUCUCUCUCUCUCACUCUCUUAAAAGCUCCCAUUAUUAUAUUAAAAACACUAAUUAGUUAACACAUAUCAAUGGACAUCGUCAAGAAAACCAAAGCUGGUUCGUCAUCAUCAUCGUCUUCGACUUCAUUUGAUCAUCUGUUUGGUCCGAAAGGAUCAGCCAGCUCUGCUUCUUCUUGCUCAACUAUACUCGACUCCAUAUUCCCUCCUCCGGUAGCAAGGAAGAAGGGAAGCCACACUGCUCCUGAAUCCCAAGGCAGCAUCUCUCAACCCACUGAUGAGAGAAGCAGCCAUGAAAAGAGAGAAGCUUCCUAUUUCAGCUCCUCCAUUUACUACGGAGGCCAGCAACACUACUCACCUCCACGAACCGAUGGCUCGUCAUCCACUUCUCCAUCUCAUGAGUCCAAAGAAACUGAUAAUCGCACUGACCCAACCCCCUCAACUUCCAGAGGAAAUUGGUGGAAAGGUUCUUUGUAUUACUGAGAUCAACCUAACUAGUCGUACACUUGAGUUCCUCAACGGCCAUAUGUAUCAAUUGCAUUAAUAUCUGUAACUUAAUUUGCAGUGUGAUCUUCGGGUUUUGUUUAUAAGUUCUUCAUCUUUUAUCUUUUGUAAUCUCAUAUGUUGGGGGGUUGAUAGUUAUAAGAGGGAUGUUAAUGGACCGCAUC